CCGAGUGCCGGGACAGGGCGUGUUCCUCGUUCUGGCUAGACCCGGUGCAUCUCAACUCCCCAAGCGGUCCCCAGGAAGCCUGUUGUUCUCAUUCCCAGCCUGUUAGGUGCUGCCCUCCGCGAUUAUGUCCAAGUCUCUGAAAAAGUUGGUGGAGGAGAGCCGGGAAAAGAACCAGCCGGAAGUGGACAUGAGUGACCGGGGCAUCUCCAACAUGCUAGAUGUCAAUGGCUUGUUCUCCUUGGCCCACAUCACACAACUGGUUCUCAGCCACAACAAGCUCACAACUGUGCCAGCAAACAUCGCAGAACUGAAAAAUUUGGAAGUGCUGAACUUUUUUAAUAACCAGAUCGAGGAUCUGCCCACACAGAUUAGCAGUCUUCAGAAACUCAAACACCUGAACCUUGGCAUGAAUAGAUUAAACACCUUGCCUCGAGGAUUUGGCUCCCUACCAGCUCUGGAGGUCCUUGAUUUGACUUACAACAACUUGUAUGAAAAGUCUCUUCCUGGAAACUUCUUCUACCUUACCACCCUGCGUGCACUCUAUCUAAGUGACAACGAUUUUGAGACCUUGCCGGCAGAUAUUGGGAAGCUCACAAAGUUGCAGAUACUCAGCCUCAGGGAUAACGACCUGGUCUCGCUGCCUAAGGAAAUCGGGGAGCUUACUCAGCUUAAGGAACUCCACAUUCAGGGGAAUCGCCUGACCGUGCUGCCCCCAGAACUCGGAAACUUGGAUUUAACUGGUCAGAAGCAAGUAUUCAAAGCAGAGAACAAUCCCUGGGUUACCCCGAUAGCUGACCAGUUCCAGCUUGGCGUGUCCCAUGUUUUUGAAUACAUCCGUUCUGAAACAUACAAAUACCUCUACGGCAGACAUAUGCAGGCAAACCCAGAACCGCCGAAGAAAAAUAAUGACAAAUCAAAAAAGAUCAGCCGGAAACCUCUGACAGCCAAGAACAAAUAAGGGGUUGGCACAGCCUGGACUUCUGGUCCCGUCUCUCAUUAUUACUUCUCUGUUGUUGUAUCCUGCAAAUAAAUGCAAUGUGUGUGGCUUUCCCCCCCCCCCUUUCACUUUCUCUUUCUAGUGCUUAUCACCUUACCUUUUAAAUCAUUUUGGUAGGUGGUAGAUUUUUUUUUUAUAAAUUCUUAAAACCAUUUGUAUUUGUUUUCUUAAAAUUGCCCAAGGUAGGGAACAAAGCCCUAAUUCAACAGCAGAUUCUGUCAUGGAUCAGCUUACAGUGCCUUGAAUAGAUGUUCACAAAGUUGUUUAUUAUCAAAAGAAUAAUUAAAAUCAUGUAAGCAUU